CAUUACUUAAUUGAGUUGUUUAUACGCGUUCGUUGUGAACUUCGCUAUAAAAGCGAGUGGAAAAUUAAAUUCGGGUUUCAGUUCGGUCUUUACGCUUUAAACGCAAUCAGUUUGGUGAAUAAAAUUUCAAUUUAUUUUGUUGAAUGAAAUUUUAAGAUUCUGAUAAAAAUAUUUGCACUAAAUUUCAUGCAAAAAGCAAGAUAAUAACAAAUAUUGUGUUAUAGAAGACAAAUAUUUUAUAAAUAAAUAAAAAAAUAUUUCUCAAUUACAAGGGAUAUCUAUAAAAUUACAAAAAAAUAACAUUAAGAUGAAAAUUACUGAAUUUCUUUCUGUGCUGGUUCUAACCAUUGGUCUCUGGAGCCCCUAUGUGUCCUCUCUGAAAACUUGCAGUUACACCUCAUUGACUGGCGGCUCUCAAGCGGUAACGUACGAUGCCGCCACAGAUAAGAGCGUGGAAUAUGUGGAUUACGGCACCAAUACAAAUGGUCUUUGCGUACAACGAGCGCGGUGCAGUAAGGAGUACGUGACGCAAGUGAUCAAAUGCAGCGAUUUGCGCAUAACUUGUGAAAAUCGCAAAUUAUUUGAUGGCGAGUUUCCAGCUUGCUGUGUGAAGUGCUGACGUUCAGAAUUAUAAGAACUGAGUAAUGAAAAUGAAAUAGUGAAAUAAUAAUGGAGACAAUAAAAAUUUGAAGAAAGAUUUUAA